AUGAGUCUCAAGAUGGACAACCGGGAUGUUGCAGGAAAGGCUAACCGGUGGUUUGGGGUUGCUCCUCCCAAGUCUGGAAAAAUGAACAUGAACAUCCUUCAUCAGGAAGAACUCAUUGCUCAGAAGAAACGGGAAAUUGAAGCCAGAAUGGAGCAGAAAGCCAAGCAGAAUCAGGUGUCCAACCCUCAGCCCCCACAUCCUGGCGAAAUUGCAAACACACUCAACUCUUCCGCUUCCAACAAGUUUGCCAAUGACGGCAGCUUCUUGCAGCAGUUUCUGAAGUUGCAGAAGGCGCAGACUAGCACAGAUGCUCCCCCCAGCGUGCCCAGCGCCCCACCUCGAGUACUCCCCCGUGCUGGGAAGAGGCCUCCCCUCCUCAGCAGCCCACUGAACCAGGUGAAGAACUAUGUGCACGCUAAGCAGCUGCCCCUGGCCAGCCGCCCUAGUGUCUUCCAAUCUCCCGAUGAGGAUGACGAGGAGGACUAUGAGCAGUGGCUGGAGAUCAAAGUUUCACCCCCAGAGGGAGUCGAGACUCGGAAAGUGAUAGAGAAAUUGGCCCGCUUUGUGGCAGAAGGAGGCCCCGAGUUAGAAAAAGUAGCUAUGGAGAACUACAAGGAUAACCCAGCAUUUUCGUUUUUGCAUGAUAAGAAUAGCAGGGAAUUCCUCUACUACAGAAAGAAACUGGCUGAGACAAAGAAGGAAUCACAAAAGUUGCAAACAACCUCUCAGAAAGUUUCACCCCCAGAGGACGAAGAGGUCAAGAACCUUGCAGAAAAGUUGGCCAGGUUCAUAGCGGAUGGGGGUCCUGAGGUGGAAACCAUCGCCCUCCAAAACAAUCGUGAGAACCAGGCAUUCAGCUUUCUGUACGAACCCAGCAGCCAGGGGUACAAAUACUACCGCCAGAAACUGGAGGAGUUCCGGAAAGCAAGGGCAGGCCCAACAGGCACCCAAAUGGUGCCCGAGCUCUGCCCUCAGCGCAGACCGCCUCCUGAGAUCCUGUCCGGAUCUGUACCCCUCACUGCUGCUUGCCCCGCUUCAUCUGCCCCCUCACCUGCUAUCAACCCAGCUCCAGCUGCCCAUGGAAAGCCAGCCACUGCAGCCACUACAGCCACUACAGCCACUACAGCCACUACAGCCACAGUGAAGAGGAAGCGAAAGAGCCGAUGGGGGCCUGAGGAGGAAAAGGUGGAACUCCCACCCGCUGAGCUGGUGCAGAGAGACGUGGAUGCCACCCCCUCACCCCUUUCAGUUCAGGACCUCAAGGGGCUAGGCUACGAGAAAGGGAAGCCCGUGGGCCUAGUAGGCGUCACAGAACUGUCAGACGCCCAAAAGAAGCAGCUGAAGGAGCAGCAGGAGAUGCAGCAGAUGUAUGACAUGAUCAUGCAGCACAAGCGAGCGAUGCAGGACAUGCAGUUGUUGUGGGAUAAGGCACUGCAGCAGCACCAGCAUGGCUAUGACAGUGACGAAGAGGUGGAUAGCGAGCUGGGCACCUGGGAGCACCAGUUGCGGCGCAUGGAGAUGGACAAGACUCGGGAGUGGGCUGAGCAGCUGACGAAGAUGGGCCGGGGGAAGCACUUCAUUGGAGAUUUUUUGCCACCUGAUGAGCUGGAGAAGUUCAUGGAGACCUUCAAAGCCUUAAAGGAAGGCCGUGAGCCUGACUACUCCGAGUACAAGGAAUUCAAGCUGACGGUGGAGAAUAUUGGCUACCAGAUGCUGAUGAAGAUGGGCUGGAAGGAGGGUGAUGGCCUAGGCUCAGAGGGCCAGGGCAUCAAGAACCCAGUUAACAAGGGCACAACCACAGUGGAUGGCGCUGGCUUUGGCAUUGACCGGCCAGCAGAGCUUUCUAAGGAGGAUGACGAGUACGAGGCCUUCCGCAAGAGGAUGAUGCUGGCUUACCGCUUCCGGCCCAACCCUCUGAACAACCCCAGGCGGCCUUACUACUGA